CCUUGCCUACGCCUUUUUCAGCUUCGGGUCCCCUAUUACCUCAGCUCGUCGGCGCUACCUGAUACAGCACAGCCUCCCUUGCGUUUUAUCCCCGAUAGUGUGGUUAUAUCUGUCUGCUAUACCUCACGGGUGAUCGUUCCCGCGUGACUAUCUUCUGCCCUUCGGAACGGUCGUCCUCCCAACAAACUUGCAACAGAUUCGACACAAUGGCACCAAGAGACAACAACGCGGGCAAUUCCCGCCGUCGUCCCUCGCUUUCUUUCCGCACUCGACCUCGGACGUCCACCGUAUCGACCGUUCAGACCAUCGGACCAGAUCACGAGCUCUGGCAUGCCCUUCCAGUUGUCGACUCGGACGUUGAUGGGUACGAUGGGCAGGCGUUGGAAGAACAUCACAUAGGAGAGCAGGUUCUGGAAGACACAAACCAGUUUCCUGAACCCGCCCCAAGGCGCCGCGGAGCGAAGAGCUUCUCCAGUCUGCGGCAUCCCGUGGAUGGGUUGCGCGCUUUGGGGCGUCGUCUUUCUGUGACAAUCCGCAACAAAUCCACGAGACACUCGGCCAAUCCAAGUGAGGAUUACACCAGGAACUCCUGGUGCAACGAGGCCAACGUUGAUCGCCGUUCAUCGAUCCCUGGUCCCGUCCCCGGUAAUGGCCUGGCUCCUCCAGUCUUCCCGGAUGACAUUUAUGCCGGGGCGUCUGCUCGUGCCGCGGCCGCCGCUCAAAAUGAACUGGCCCGAGCGCUGCGCGAUGGGGUCAAGUCUUCAGAGACGAGAUUAACCAGGGACUCGGAAAGUGGCAUUGGAAUCGAUUUGCGCGACCGCUCCGAGCUCUCUGACUCUGCUCUGGCGGUUGUGCGGAUCGACCCCGUUGCUUAUCUCCCUCCGGAGAUUAUGUCACAAGUGUUCUCCUACCUCGACCCGGAGUCACUGAUGCAGACAGAGCUAGUCUCGCGCGCCUGGAGUGAGCAGGCUUUCUCCCGGCAUAUUUGGCGACAUGUGUUCCGUCACGCCUACAGACACCAUCGUCCCAGUGGGCUUUCGACUAAGAAGAGGCAAGCUGCUGGUUUGGGCAAGGCCCGUCCCGAUCAAGACUGGAAGAGGAUGUUCCUUGUGCGGCGCGCUUUGGAACAUCGUUGGAAGGAGGGCAAAGCCGCUGCUAUCUACUUGCAUGGCCACACGGAUAGCGUCUACUGUGCUCAAUUCGAUGAGGACAAGAUUAUCACUGGCUCUCGUGAUCGGACAAUUCGCGUCUGGGAUGCUCAUUACCCAUGGCCAUGCCGCAAGAUCAUCGGCCCUCCGCCUGGUGAUGUUCCCGGCAUUGGCCCUGUCAACAAUCAAACGCAGCAAUCAUCCGGCAAACCGCCCUUUCUUACUAUCUGUCCUCCACCCACUAGCUCUGCAGGCAUUGUAGCUCCAAUGGAACAGAGUGCGGACUACCAUAGCGCCUCAAUUCUCUGUCUGCAGUUUGAUGAUGAGAUCAUGGUUACUGGCUCUUCCGAUUUCACCUGCAUUGUGUGGGAUGUUCAGAAUGACUACAAGCCGAUCCGUCGUCUGGAGGGACAUCGGGCUGGAGUCCUUGAUGUUUGUUUUGACGAUCGGUAUAUUGUCUCAUGCUCCAAGGACACCACGAUCUGUGUCUGGGAUCGCCACACUGGUGCUCUGGUCAAGAAACUGCUUGGUCACCGGGGCCCUGUCAAUGCCGUUCAGCUCCGUGGUGACCUGGUAGUUUCGGCCAGUGGGGAUGGUAUCGCCAAGUUGUGGAAUAUCACUUCCGGUCUCUGCGUGAAGGAGUUUCCCAGCAAGGAUCGGGGCUUGGCCUGCGUUGAAUUCAGUGAUGAUGCUCGAACCAUCUUGACGGGUGGUAAUGACCAUGUGAUCUACCAAUUUGAUGCAAACACUGGAGAAAUGGUGAGCGAGCUCAAGGGUCACGAGGGGCUCGUCCGGUCUCUGCACCUGGACAACAUGAACCAGCGCAUCGUCAGUGGCAGCUAUGACAUGAGUGUCAAAGUUUUUGAUGCGCAGUCUGGUGAGCUGUCAAUUGACUUACCUGGCUGGACGACCAGCUGGAUGCUCAGCGUCAAGUCCGAUUACCGGCGCAUUCUUGCGACCAGUCAAGACUCUCGUGCCGUUAUAAUGGAUUUUGGAUACGGUCUAGAUGGCAUAGAAUUAUUAGAAGAGUGAAGAACUGGAUAGAGUCGCUAGAUGUUCUCACUCCAUGAAUUUUGGUUGUCGGUUUUUUUUGGGGGAAAAGUUCAUGCUGUUGGCUUGGCGGAGUAUACUGGGUGUCUUGGAAUCUUUACUUGGAAUGCUUUCUUGAUAUAUACAUUAAUAGCGAUAGAGCGCGUCGACCAUUUUAUCAGUCACCUAAUUCUACAUUGACUUUGGACUUUCA